CCUCUUCUCAGACCUUUGCUCCAAGCUCCAACCUGUUUUCCUCCGGAGCCGGGCACUUUCCGCUCACUUUCGCUCACCACCUGCCUUUCCUCAGAGCCUCCGUCAGACAUGUGUACCGGAAAGUGUGCUCGCUGCCUGGGGCUCUCCCUCAUCCCCCUAUCCCUGAUCUGCAUCGUGGCCAACGCCCUUCUCCUGGUACCUGAUGGGAAGACCACCUGGACGGAUGGCAACCUCAGCUUGCAAGUUUGGCUCAUGGGUGGCUUCAUUGGAGGAGGCCUGAUGGUUCUGUGCCCGGGAAUUGCAGCCGUCCGGGCAGGGGGAAAGGGCUGCUGCGGUGCAGGUUGCUGUGGGAAUCGCUGCAGGAUGCUGCGCUCCGUGUUCUCCUCUGCCUUUGGCGCGCUUGGUGCCCUCUACUGUCUCUCCGUGGCAGGAGCUGGACUCCGGGUCGGACCCAAAUGCUUAAUAAACAACAAAUGGGACUACCACUUCCAAGAAACCCAAGGCGCUUACUUGCGCAACGACACUCUAUGGAACUUAUGUGAGGCGCCACCUCACGUGGUGCCCUGGAACGUGACGCUCUUCUCCAUACUGGUGGUCGCCUCGAGUCUGGAAACGGUGCUGUGUGGAAUUCAGCUGGUGAACGCGACCUUUGGAGUGUUGUGCGGCGAUUGCCGGAAAAAGGAGGUGGGAGCGCGUGGGGUGGAGUUGUCGGGGCACAGCUCACUGAGUUCCGUGGGCCGCUCAUAA